AUGCAUUCGUCACUUCUCUCGCUGACUGUAAUUGCUGGCUUCGUGGUUGCAGCUCCUCAAGGCAAAGAGUCUCUUGAAAGGAGAAGUUGGGGAUUUAAUAAUCAUGGCAAUAACUGGCAUGGAAAGAUCAAAAAUGCAGAACUCGGUCCUCGUCCGUAUUAUCUGAUCAACAACAUGGACGACGGACCGCUCAAGUCAAAACUGGAAUCCUGUUCAGAAGGCCCUUUCCGUCCAACAGACAUGUCGAUCGGUCAUCGAGGAGCACCUCUACAAUUUCCAGAAGAAACCUCAGAAUCUCUUUUAGCUGGAGCACGAAUGGGUGCUGGAAUCUUGGAAUGCGACGUUGUAUUUACCAAAGACAAGAAACUCGUCUGUCGACACGCUCAAUGCGAUCUUCACACCACCACCAACAUCCUCGCAACUCCUCUAGCCGCGAAAUGCACCAAGAACUUCACACCAGCAGCCAACGGUGCUCCCGCCAGCGCAAAAUGCUGCACCUCCGACAUCACCGAAGCCGAAUUCAAGACCCUCUGCGGAAAAAUGGACGGAUUCAACCCCAAUGCCACAACCGUCAAGCAAUACAUCGCCGGCACGCCAACCUGGCGAACCGAUCUCUACUCCACCUGCGGCACUGUCCAAACCCUCAACGACUACAUCAAACUGGUCGACAACCUGGGCCUCAAAUUCACACCAGAACUCAAAACCCCCGAAGUCCCCAUGCCCUUCCCCUCGGCCAACUCAACCUACACCCAAGCCGCCUACGCCCAACAAAUGAUCGACGCCUUCAAAACCGCCGGCAUCAAACCCAACCGCGUCUUCCCCCAAUCCUUCCUCAUCGACGACCUCUACUACUGGCUCAAAUCCGACCCGGCAUUCGGCAAACAAGCCCUCUUCCUCGACGAACCGACCGUCAAUCCCGCCGGCUACGCCGCCGCCGUCGCCAAUCUCACAACCUAUAAAUCAAAAGGCAUCACCACCGUCGCGCCGUCCAUCCCGGGCGUCCUCUCCUUAGACGCCAACAACAAGAUCGUCCCCUCGCCUUACGCGAAGGAGGCGAAGCGUCUGGGCCUCGAUAUCGUGGUCUGGAGUUUUGAGCGUUCGGGACCCCUGGCGACGGUUAAUGCCACUGGCGAGUAUUAUUAUAGUAGUGUGGCGCCGGCGAUCACGAAGGAUGGGGAUGCGAUGGUGGCGCUGGAUGUGAUGAUUAGGGAGGUGGGUGUUAGGGGGGUGUUUUCGGAUUGGGUUGCUAGUGUUACUUAUUUUGCGAAUUGUUUUGGGUAUUGA